UAAUGGAAGAACAAGAGACUUUACCUGUUGAAUUUGAAAAUAAUCAAGAAACCGAAAGGGUGGAAGAGCAAGAGGGACAAGGGACUGAAGAACAAGAACCUCAAGAAAUGGGGGAAGCAGAGAGGGAAAAGAGGGAAGAAUUAAGAGUUGAAGUGAAUGAAGAAGAAGAACCUCAAGAAACUUUAAUUGUUGCUGAUGAAAGUUCGCCUUCUCAAGACGACAAUAAUGUAGCUGAAGAAAUUACUGAUACAAAUUUGGAACAGGAACAGACGCAAAUUAACGACUCCAUUUUGGAUCAUCCCACAACCUCCUCUAUUCAAAACGAAGAAGUGGAGCAACCUACAACAACCUCUCCUGUUCACGAAGAAAUGGACCAAAUCGCAACAGUUUCAUCUCCUCAAAACGAAAAAAUGAUGGAUCAGGGGCCACAAAACGAAGAAAAAGAAGAGCAAAGUGCCCCCACAACAUCCACCCCCAAUUUAAUGUCUACUUGUGCGCCUCUCCAAACUUUGGCUAGUGGAUUGGCUUUAGCUCGAAUUGCCGACUUUUUUGCUCAAGAAGAUGAACGGGUUCUUCGAUGCCAUGGAUUCAAAGCUGUUUUUAUUCCGUGUGAAAAACUUGAAACUGUUCUCCAAAGGGAUAGAAAAGAUUUGAAAUUGAAGCAAAUGAAGGAACAACGAGAAAAAAGGAUGGCAGAAAAUGAAGAGAGGAAACGGAAAAAUAGGGAAACUUAUGGAAAUGAUUCGGAUUCUGAUAGAGAUGAACGGGAAAAGAAAAGGCGUAAAAAAGAAAAGCACCAUUCUUCUUCUUCUGACCACAAAAGAAAACGUUCCCCAUCAAAUAAUUAUUCUGGAAGUGUUCGAGAUGAAGCUAAAACUCCACAAAAGCGAAACUUUGCACCAGUCGUUCAAUGUUGUGUUUGUGAAUUAAUUGUUAGUAAAGAACGUUUUGGGGGUCGAGAUACUUUGUUUUGCUCUCAGGAAUGUAUUUCUAAAAAGGCUGAGGAUGCGAGAAAGUGUGUAAAAGAAGGGGAACGAAUUCUUGUUAUCGACCAUAAAGGUGCUAUGAUGAAUCACAGCAAUUUAAAUCCAACAAUUGAAAAUUUGGAGGAAUUUCUUAUUGCAAACCCUUCAUAUCAACCAGUUUUGGCUUCUGAACAAAUUGGUAAGAAAUUUAGUGUAACAUCCCUUUCCUCGAAAAGUUUUCCCUGGCGGGUCUUUUCUGACGGUUUCUCCAACUCUAAUUUAAAACCAAAACUAAAAAUGGUUUUGACAUUAGCGUAG